UCUGCUUUCUGCUUCCUCAGGGUGGAAAACGACCCCGAGGCACAAUGUCCUGCACCCCUGGAUGAUUUCAAAUCUGUCAUGAGUGGCAGUGAAGAAGAUGAAAAGCUGCAAGUUAAAAUUCAGGCUUUUGAAGAGAAAAUAAACGUGGACAGCAGCACCCCUGGCUCAGUGAGGAGAUACAGCCUGGGCCAGGUUUCUAAAGAAGAAAGGAAGGAUAUGAGGUUUAACAGGUCCAAGAGCCUGGCCCUGCACGCUCUCAGGAUGAAGGGGCUGAGCUCUGAGGGAGGGCAGGACGAGGACAACGGGGACAUCCCUGCUGGCAUCUCCUUCUCUGAGCUCUGCCUCAGCCAGGAACACCAGAAAGUUCCUUUGGGGCUCCAGCACGUGGGGAACCCCCUGGUUUCACAGCCCAGUCACCCCCAGGAAAAGGCUGGGCAGGACAGGGCAGGGACAGAUGUGGAACAUCAGGACAAGCUGUACCUGCACCUCAAGGACAACCUGGGCAAAGUCAAGGAGUUUGUGCUGGAGAUGGGGAGGAGGAUUCCCAUCCCUGAGCAGUGUGUGAUUGAAGACACUGUUCAAAGCUGUGUGGCAAAGCUGUUCUUCAGCUGUCCCCUGAAGGGCCACUACUGCCUGUACAGCAAAUCCAGCUUCACCCUGGUGAGCCAGCAGCCUCCUCUCUGGAUCCACAUCAUGUUCCUGUUCCAGCAGAGCCUUUUUGCAGAACCUCUGUCCACCCAGAGCAGCUCAGUGCAAGGGCUCAAGGCUCUGUGGGAGAAGAGCCAGCUCAAGGGGAUGCACAGCUUUGAGACUGCCAUGAUCCAGAGCACAUUCCCACUCCAGAAGGACCUGGAGAAGGUUCAGAUGCACCUGGAGGAAGUGAGGUUCUUUGAUUUAUUUGGCUACAGCGAGGAGGCAGGAGCCUGGCAGUGCUUCAUGUGCAACAACCCCGAGAAGGCAACAGGUGUGAACCAGGACGGGCAGCCCCUGAUGGAAGGCAAGCUGAAGGAGAAGCAAGUGCGCUGGAAAUUCAUCAAGAGGUGGAAAACUCGGUACUUCACCCUGGCUGGCAACCAGCUGCUGUUCCGCAGGGACAAAUCCAAGGAUGACCCCGAGGAGAGCCCCAUCGAGCUGAGCAAGGUGCAGAGCGUCAAAGCGGUGGCCAGGAAGCGUCGGGAGCGGGGCCUGCCCAGGGCCUUCGAGAUCUUCACGGACAGCAGGAGCUACGUGCUCAAGGCCAGGGACCAGAGGAGCGCCCAGCAGUGGCUGCAGUGCCUCAACGUGGCCCUGGCACAGGCCAUGCCAGACAUGGAGCCACCAAACUCUGACAGUGACACCAAACUGACACCAGGGGAUGGACACGAGGCCAUGCCAGCAAUGGGGUCACCAAACUGCACCAGUGUGACACCUGAGGAUGGACAUGAGGUGACACCAGCCCUGUGGCCACCAAACUGUGACAGUGUGGGACCAGAGGAUGGACACGAGGCCACCAUGUACCUGUAG